UCAGUGCGAGGCCAGAGCAGGACAUGUGGCCCUGAGGAGGAUUUGGCUAUUGAAGCACCUGGUGGACAGGUGGGUGAGGGCAAAGAGGAGGGGGAUUGCUGGGAAUGUUUAAGCGCACCGGGCUCUCCUGCGCAUCCCCAGCUGCUCCCCCAAUCCAGGCAAGAGGAGGUUUCCGGAGCUUCCCACACUUCUGGGGAGAAGACUUCUUAGCUAGCUUGAUGUUUAAAAUUCAGCUGGAGCCGUUAAAACUGCGUGCAUGGACGCUGAAUGGGUUUGUAAAGUUUCGGAACAAGGAGGCCAGUACUGGUCCAGUUGCUGUAAUGGGGAAGGAUUAUUAUAAGAUUCUGGGUAUCCAGUCUGGAGCCAAUGAAGAUGAGAUCAAGAAAGCAUAUCGGAAGAUGGCCUUGAAGUACCAUCCAGACAAGAACAAAGAGCCCAGUGCUGAGGAGAAGUUUAAGGAGAUUGCAGAGGCUUAUGAUGUGCUGAGUGACCCCAAGAAACGAGCUGUUUAUGACCAAUAUGGGGAAGAAGGCUUGAAGACCGGCGGUGGCAGCUCCGGAGGCUCUGGAGGCUCCUUCCACUACACGUUCCAUGGCGACCCCCACGCUACGUUCGCCUCCUUCUUCGGUGGCUCCAACCCCUUCGACAUCUUCUUCGCCAGCAGUCGCACCACGCGGCCCUUCAACGGCUUCGAUCCAGACGACAUGGAUGUGGACGAAGACGAGGACCCGUUUGGCGCCUUCGGCCGCUUUGGUUUCAAUGGGCUGAGUGGGGGCCCCAGACGAGCGCAGGAGUCCCUGCACCCCCGGCGAAAGGUGCAAGAUCCCCCGGUCGUGCACGAGCUGCGCGUGUCCUUAGAGGAAGUCUACCACGGCUCCACCAAGCGCAUGAAGAUCACCCGGAGGCGCCUCAAUCCCGACGGUCGGACCGUUCGGACUGAGGACAAGAUCCUCCACAUCGUCAUCAAGCGGGGCUGGAAAGAGGGCACCAAGAUCACCUUCCCCAAAGAGGGCGACGCCACGCCGGACAACAUCCCCGCCGACAUAGUCUUUGUACUUAAGGAUAAGCCCCACGCUCACUUCCGACGAGACGGGACCAACGUGGUCUACAGUGCUCUGAUCAGCCUCAAGGAGGCUCUGUGUGGCUGCACUGUGAACAUUCCCACCAUCGAUGGCCGAGUUAUCCCCCUGCCCUGCAAUGAUGUCAUCAAGCCUGGCACUGUGAAGAGACUACGCGGGGAGGGGCUGCCCUUCCCUAAGGUGCCCACCCAGCGGGGCGACCUCAUUGUGGAGUUCAAAGUGCGCUUCCCUGACAGGAUAGCUCCGCAGACGCGACAGAUCUUAAAACAGCACCUGCCUUGCUCCUAGGCCCAGCCUCAGGGCCGGCUCCCGGCCUCCACAGCAAUACCGCCCUCCGGCCCCAGGCUCUGGCAGCCAGAAAGGCUAUCCAGCCGGCCCUACCGCCCCUCCGGGCUACCUUUUUCUAAAAUGCAAAAAAGCCACUUUUGUUUUCAGAAAGUUGUUACCGCCCCUACCUGGCAGUGCUGUCUCGGGUGGGAAGUGAGGGGGGGGAGGGAGGGAGGGAGGGAGGGAUGCCCCCGGGGCCAGGGGUCGCUGUUUUUUGUCCCAAGCUUUGAAUCCACUUUUACUGCUCCCCGCGGCUGGAGAGUGAUUUGACUGUUACUUGACGAUCUACAUGUAGAGGUUUCCUAUCCAGGCCUGUAAAUAGCAUGUCGUUUCCCCUACCCGCUGCCGAGGUCCUUCCUGCCCUCCUUUCUCGCCCCCUCUCCCGCCAAAUGUGGGGGAGGAGGGGACUUCAAACAGGACACUCUUACCCCGGACCAUCACCACACGAAGGGGGGAGGGAGGGAUGAUUGAUUCUUCUCGUGUAAGCGAGUACACGUACACACAUACCUUCCCACAUAUUUGUGCACACAUACUCUGGGAUGGGGGAAGGGGGGGUGGGGAGGGCCACUGAGCACGAGACACUUUGUAUUUACCAGGGGUGGAGUUCGCCGAGCUGCGGAGGGAGAAGUGGGACCGGGAGGCAGCUCGGGCUUCGCCAGACAGACACGCCUCAAAACACUUUCCCUCCUUUGACAGCCACACCUUUCCCGAGCCAAACCGGGGCCUGCGAGCUGGGGGAAGAGGGGCUGGGCGGAAGGGGAAAGCGCCUACUAUGUACCACAUGUGUUUUCUUUUAGGCUAACUAAGGGGCUGGGGUGGGAUUUUUACCUUUUUGUACUGGGCAACUCUGUGGUGCUGCUAACCUUGAUCCAAAAAGGGAGGGGAUUUGGAGUUGUCCCCACCUGAGAAUUCAGGGUCACCCGCAGCCAUGCCCUGGCCUCCCCGCCCCGGGGCUGAACUCGAGCCCGGAAAGAGCCCGGUCCGGCCCUUCCAGUCCUAGUCCGCUCCGUCUCCAGGCUGCUUUGGUCUUUUCCUGGCCUGUGGAGCUGUCCUGUCCCUGGAGUCUGGGGAACCCAGGAUAUCUUAACUUCGCUGUUCCACACUGUACAACUGUCAUGUCCUGGACAGCAGGGAACUCUGGAGAAGGGGUUGAUGACUCUGGCCUGGUCUGUGGCUACACCCUAAGGAACUGGGGUGGGGGCUUUCUUGGUUUUUCUCAUUUUAAUGAGCCCCUGAAUGUUUUUAUAGUAGUUUUUUUGUAUUUUUUUGUAAUGACAGUAUUAUGAAAAAAUAAAGUAUUUUAAAAAUAGAA